AUGCCAGGACAGUUCACGCCUCUACGGACGAAUUGGAUGACCCCUCUCGACAGUGAAGUGGUUGAUUGGGAAGCUGCUCUGAGGGGGAGACUGCUCUACGAGGAACAGACCUGGACCCUUCCGGAUUUGCAGGAACCCGUAUCAGAUCAAGUAUCAUGGCCACCCAGCCUCGAGCACGGAACCGUUAUCCAGCCAGGGGAGCCCUGUGUAUCGGAAAGAUAUCCAAUAGCCUCACCCUCACAGCUCGGCCCCGAUCAACGCAGCUCUUCGGAUGUCGGAGGAUCAGCUGCCUCCACAUCUACUUCUGGAAGAUAUUAUGUCGACGGAGCUGAAGCGAGAGCACCUUUUCGCGGCAUGUCAAACCUGGGUAGCUCUGCGUUGACCUACGCCAUAGGGAGACGGGAAAGUACCAGCCUUUGGCCUUCUGGUGCCGAGGUAGUCUCAGCUACCGAGCCCACAUCCCCAGCAAAUCGACCUUUCGUCUCCGACUACGCAUAUGGAAAGAUGUCAGACGUUCUCCGUUGCGUGGCACGGAAACAGUCCUCACCAAGCCCGACUCUGCAUUUACCCAGCCAGUCGCACAUCAGAUGGUAUCUGCUUUUGUACUUCGACAAAUUCCACCCUACAUUUCCGUUCAUACUUCAGUCGCACUGCCAGUCCCACGAUGCGCCAGUGAUUCUUCUUCUGGCGGUUUCAGCCAUUGGCUCCAGGUACGCUCGAAGCUCAGCUGCUGCAGCUGAUCGACAUCUGCUAUCAUUAGCAUUGACAAAUGCCAUGCGUGAGAAGUUAUGGUCCUACCCUGACUGGAGCUCUUCAUCACUUUACUCGCCAGAUCCCGUGCUGCUUGGGGAGGAUGUUGAUAUCGGCGAUGUUGCGUUCGUCCAGGCUGGUCUUCUUUUAGUCCUACUUGAGCUUCACAGCGAAUGCAGGCUCCGAGCAGAGCGCACAGCAGUUGACAGAUUGUACCUUGUCAACAUUUGCAAGAUCCGUGGACUGUUGAAGCGAAAGGAAAGCGUCGAUGCAAACCUGAGCAACGAGGACAGCCUUCGGAAAUGGCAACUUGAUCAAACACGUCUCCGAACAGGGCUCAUGAUCUGGCUGCUAGAUACCAUGAUGGACUACGAAACAGCUUUUGGCUGCCAGAUGCUGCUAUCUGAUGCCAAUGUUGACCUUCCUUGCCACGAUGAAGUGUGGAACAACCCAACAGCAGAGAGCAUACGAGAAGAAGGUUCAAAAACGGGUAAGUCCUGUCUUAUAGCACUGUCACGAUCGGCUGACACUCAAGUCACGCUACUGCAUGCAUUGGAAAUUCUCUACAUCCGGAAAGCUUUCCCACCUCACCUCACAAGCCUUGGACUCCUCCUCCUCAUUCAAGGAAUCUAUCGGAAGACCAGAGAGGUUGUUGCUGAAGCACGCACUCUACUGAGUUCCUGGACACCUAGUCCGGAACCCCAAGCGGUGGCACUACACAGCGAUCACGACGAGACAUGGCCGCCAUCAAAUCCAACGCUCGUCAAGUGGCGAAACAGCGCAUGUGACAGUCUUGACAUUCUUCACUGGUCAGAGAACAGCAAAAUAGCCACAGCAGGUGGAUUUGAGGCCCCAAACACCUUGCAUUUGCAUCUUGCUCGGUUGACAAUUCUCACACCAGUAAACCACCUUCAAUCAUUGGCGCGGGCUCCGCAACAUUGGAAGGUCAACAGCACAGCCGCAAGUCAGUCGGAGAUCUCACAUACCCGCGUGCUACAGUGGGCUGUCCGUGAUCAAUUCAAAGCACGACUGGCGGUCAUACACGCCGGCUCAAUCUUCUGGCACAUCCGAAGAUACAGUACUCAAAGCAUGAUUGAAGCAUUUUCCGUCUAUCUUGCGACCCUCGUCAUCUGGGCAUAUAGUAUGACAGUCAACAUCAUGAAAUCAUACGACAAGCCCGGAGAACAAAGUCAGGCCUCGCAAACUCCCCUUGAAGCUGCUACCCAUGCUACGAUGCCAUCAGACACGACCGAUGCCUCCCAAGACGAGGAAGAGGAACUAGAACUUUCUUUCAUGAAUCUUGACCGACCUGUUGAUGAUGAGAUGGUACAGAAUUAUGCACGGUAUGGCCAGAAGAUGACUGCGUUUAUGUUUGGAGUUGGUGAUAUUUGCGCUCCUGGCGCUCCGAAGAAGAUCUUGACAGCCGGAAUUCGACUACUAAGUGUUGCAAGUGGACAAAGUGACGGUGGAGCGAACUCGUCGUAUGAUCUCGGUAAGAUCUGGGGCCAUGAGAGAGGAUACCAUCAAGCACUUGAGACCCUCAUGGUCAGUAGUCAGCCGGUUUGA